AUGGCCACUGGAUUUCUCAACUACGGUUGGUUGGCAAUUAGAGAAUGCGGUUCGGCCGUUGAGGCUGUGCAAUUCAUCACAAGCGACGAGAAGCCCAAGGUCAAGACCGAGAACACCGCCGUUCAAGUGACUCAUCAAAUUCGUGAUAAUGUGCGCGACAUCAAACGCUCUCUGACCUCCACCAUCGUCUUCUCGACAGACACACCGUUUGUCACCCCUGCCGCGGAUGUCGGGGAUAUCGUGCUGUCUGCCUUUGCGCCUCUCGGCACCAUUUCGUACGGCCGGCAAGCCAUCUUGAGGCAGACGAGCGAGAAGAAACGUUUCGUGGAGAUUUGGAAGGACAAUGCGCUGGAGGUUGUAACUGAGGUCACAGACACGCAUGGCGAGUUCUAUGCUGACCCCAUGUUCUCCGCCCUGUCGUUCUCUCCCCUGGACACUGCCCUCGCAUACGUCGCGGAAGGCAAGGAGCCCACUGAGCCCGAGGAAAAGUUUCGGUUCAAGCCUACUUUGGGAGAGACGUACAGUUGCAAGCAACGUCCGACCAUCUUCGUCUUUCGAUGGGGCAUCGACGACUCGACUGGCGGAAGUGUCGGCGUCAGCACUGGUCUACCUCUUCUUUUCGGCGAGCCCGUUUUCUCACCUAUCGAUUCCUCCGUUAUCUAUGCCACCGGAUACGAGUACGCGAGGGAUGGCCGACUUCUGGGGCCGGUAUACUGCAACAAUCGCGCUGCUGGCAUAUGGGAGAUCACACUGCAGGCAAACACAGCGAGAAAGCUCACACCGGGGAACGAAUCCUGUCGAUCGCCGCGGGCGUAUAACCGAGGCGGAAAGACACUGCUCUUCUGGUAUUCGUCAGCUUCGGGUGGGCCACAUGCAGGGACCUCGGCGCUCAACUCCAUCGAACUUCCCGUGCAGCAGGGCGCUGAGCUGAGCUCUCUCACGCGCGUUCUCGUAGAUACGGUGUGGGCGCAGCCCUCUUCUGCGGAUGUCUUUCCAGGCUUGUACCCCGAUGCAAACCUGGCUCAGUCGUCGUGUCUUGUUUCUGCUGGUGGGGUGGACUACAUCGUCUUAAGCUCGACAUGGGGGUCUCGUGGUACCGUCUUGGCUGUGUCCCUCUCGACGGGCGCUGUCGAGGAUCUCACUCCCGAUGUUGAUGGGAGGUUAUAUCACUGGAGCGUCCUUGGCACGGACGGCGGCAGUCAGAUCAUUAGCUCGAGAAGUGCCCCAGCGGUUCCACCAGAGAUUGUGCUUCUGCGACUUGGUUCGACAAUUCGAGAUGUUCUUGGUCAGGUCCUGCAGACACCGAAGCUCGGCGACAAAGUUGAAGCCGCAUUGGGGGAGCUCUCUUCCACAGUGAUCACUAUCCCAGAACGGGGUGGAAUGCAGACGGUGGUGAUGCACCCCAAGAAGGUGGGAAGCACCAUUCCACCUUGCAUCCACUUCAUCCAUGGCGGCCCACACGGAGCCACGACCACAGCCUUCAAUGCGGCAACCGUAGCUCUGGCUGUCGGGGGGUACACGGUAUCGCAGCCAAACUAUCACGGAUCGAUGGGUCAAGGAGAGACGUUCCUGCGUUCGCUGUUAGGGCAUUGCGGCGAGCUGGACGUGCAAGAUUGCAUCGCAUCCGCGAUGUAUUUGGUCAAGCUGGGCCUGUCUUCUGAGGGGAGAGGCAAACAAUUUGUCAUGGGAGGGAGUCACGGCGGAUUCUUGACGGCUCAUUUGAUUGGUCAGUUCCCGGACUUCUUCACGGCGGCAGUGCUUCGGAAUCCAGUCAUUACGACGGAGGCAAUGUCAUCAGAUAUUCCUGACUGGUACGCGAAUGAAUGGGGGAUCGACUAUCCGAUAUACUCUUUGCCGCAAGGCUUUCCUGACGUAUCAGCGCAGCCACGGACCACCCUCCCGCCGCGACGAUCCCCGGAAGCGGCCUUGCGCAUCUAUCCAACCUCCCCGAUCGCUCAUGUAGAGAAAGUCAAAGCGCACAUCCUCAUGCAUUUCGGGGGCUCGGACUUGCGCGUCACCCCAAGCCAUGGGCUGGAGUUCUAUCACACCGUAAAGGGCAAUGCCAGAAACUCAAGUCCUGAGCAGGGCGUCGAGAUGUAUUGGUUCGACAAGGAGAACCACGCGCUCGGGGGUGUGGAGUGUGCGAGGAUCGUCGCGAAGACGUCGUUGGAUUGGUUCGACAAGUAUAGAAAUUGGUUCUGAGAUGGAAUGCUGCUAUCAAGAGUGGUAGAUUUCAAAUGUACAAGUAGCGCUGCUCCACCGUGUAGUCAAGGAACGCUGUCGAUUGCCCGAAACCGUCUGGACUCUGUUGAAUCAAGG